AAUGAAUUGAUAAGCACAUGUAUGUCUGUGACUUUAUUUAUGUGUGUGUGUGUGCAUGCUAACCAGCACAGUUUUGAGCACAUAUAGAAAAACUUGAUCUAUUUGUUGAACAUAUAUAUGUAUAUAUAUAUGCAUGCAAGCGAGUGACAUUACUGUCAUUUAGUAAAAACUGAAUAUCUCACAAUCUACUCAACUAUCAAACGUUUAACCCUUAACAUUUAACUUUUGAAUUUUAAAUUUUCCGCCGUAUUUAUUUGUUUUUUUUUACUAUUCUAUUUUCCCGCGCAAUAUGACUGAUAGUGUAAUAUCCGUAUCAAAAUCUGCAUCUUCACCAACAAAUUCACUGAAUUUAGGUACAAAUUUUAAAUAUCAAGUGUUUAGUGAUAAUACUGAAAAUAUUACCAUUGUGAACACAUCAGAUACACAAGAUGAUAAUGGUAAAAAAAGUUACUUAUUUGAACGUGUUAAUAAUCUUAAAACAACAAUGGUCGAUUCAAUCCAACAUCGAAUAUCUGUUCGUAGAAGUAAUCAAAUCUCUGAUGCCUUUAAGCGUUUUCAAGUGCUAUUUUCUAUUAUUGGACCAAUUCUACUCUUUAUUUUGUUUAUAUUAGUAGUAGUUUAUUGGAAACGUGAACAAAAUGAAAAAUGGUUUAAUCGUAAUCAAUGUUAUAGUAAAGAAUGUCUCCUCUCUUCAAGUUCUAUUGUAUCACAUAUGAAUACAUCAGUAUCACCAUGUGAAAAUUUUUAUGAAUAUGCUUGUGGUUCUUACUAUACUCCAUUUCAUCCUGAUCAAGAUGCUGAACAACCAGCAGUUCAAGCACAUCGUGUUAUCUCUGGUGCAUUUGGUAAAGAUACAAUACAAGAUUAUUUUAAAAGCGGUCGAAAUCGACGUCUGCUACGAUUUGAUCGACCUAUGAUUGAACAUCUCUCUGAAGUGAAUGUUCACGCUAUCAUUCAUUCAUUACGUAAUAUUUAUCAAAAUUCAUAUGGCGAAAGAAAUUCUGCCAAGUUUAAAGUAGCACAAUUUUUUGACUCGUGUGCAUCAACAACAAUAAGAAAUUGGCUUGGUGCACAUCCAUUGAUAAAAAAGGCGGCACCAAUUAUUGGUGGCAUUUGGUUAUUGGAUAGAAAUGCCACAAAUGAAACUGGUGCUGGUCUUGUCAAUCAGACAACAGCUUGGCCAAAACGUUUAUUUUGGGAUUCAACACUGUCGGAUAAAUUCCAUGUAGAAAAGAAUUGGUCAUGGAUGGAUUCGAUUAAAAAAUUACAAGUUGAAUUAAAUAUCCCAACAUUUGCUGACUUUUUACUUCAUACAAGUCCAGUUAGUAAACCACGAUUAUAUCUGGUACCAGAUUCAGGAGCAAGCGGAUAUCUAUCCAAAUAUAAAAUUAAUACCUAUGUAAAAAGUAUUCUAGAAGUUUUAGCCAAAGAUGCUGGUAUACCAUAUGGGAAUGAAGAAUAUAAAGAAAGAAUACGUAUAUUUACAGAUGAUUUAAAACUUGUUGCAAGUGAAUUAAAUAAGCUUUAUCAAAGUACAACACCAUCGAAAUGGUCGAAGAAAGCAAAACUUAGUGAAUUAAACGUCAAUGGAAAUUCUUACGAUUGGUCCGGUCUACUGAGUGCUUAUUUCGAUGAGACAUAUGUCAACUUUAAUGCAGACUAUGAAAUUUAUACACGUUAUCUGGAUUAUUUACAAAAAAUUCCAAUAUUUAUAGGAGUAUUAGAAAGAAAUUAUACAAAACCUGUGGCUGAUAGAAUCAUGAAUAACUAUAUGCUAUGGAGUGUUCUAGACUCAUAUGCCUGGCAUUUAUCCUAUGAGUAUUAUAUGCUCCACCUAUCCUACUAUUAUUAUACAGAGCAUGUUAUGGAGUUGGAAUGCUUUUUUGUAACUCAUGAAUUAUUCGAUACUGUUCUUGGUGCUAUCUACGUUGAAAAACAUUCACAUAAUGAGACAGAAAAAGAGGUUGAAAAGAUUACAAACUAUCUAAGAAAAAGUUUAAAGGGCCAUUUAAAACAAAUUCCAUGGAUGGAUGAACAAACAAAGAAAGAUGUUGACGACAGAAUAACUAAAAUGAAAAUUCUAUUCAAAGUACCCGAAAUUAUGCGUAAUGACAAAAAGUUGAAUUAUGCAUACAGAACGCUUAAAACUUCCUACAAUUAUCUAAAUAAUUUAUUCUCAGCUGUUCAAUACAUUCGUGGAGUUUAUAAUCGUUUAUUAUCUGGUGUGACUGAAACUAGUGAAGAGAAUUGGAGUUCUAGAGAUAUUAUGGCCUAUGAUACACAUGUCGCACUACAUUUACAACUCGAUGAAGUCUUUAUCCCACCUGGAAUGCUUCAACUGCCUAUUUAUCAUCAUAAUUUACCAGCUGCAUUUAAUUUUGGUGGAAUGGGAAGUUUAAUUGGUACAGCUAUUGGUAUAUUAGUUGGAGAAUAUGGGGCAUAUAUGCGUAAAAAUGGAGAAAUUCAAGCAGUCUGGUCAUCUGAUACAAUUCGUAUGUAUAAAGAACAGAAAAAGUGUGUUCAUGAUCAAGUCUAUAAUGCAUCAAAGUAUUAUUUUAAUUUCUCUGAUUUGAUGAUGGCGACAAUCGAAGACGAUAUGAAGAGGGUAACACGUGCAACUAUACAUGAAGCAUCCGGGCUAGAUAUAGCCAGAUAUGCUUUUGAAGACUGGAUCAAGGAUUCACCCGAUGAAAAAUAUUUACGUCAUUUACCCGGUGUCACAUUCAAUCCAAAACAGUUAUUUUAUUUAACAUACGCACAAACAUUCUGUCACAGCAUGGAUAUGUGGGAUGAAUAUUACCAGCUGGUGGCGACAACACCGCAACCGCCAUAUGAAGUACUAGUAAAUCAUAUCAUGAAUGAACUGCCUGAUUUUGCCACAACAUUCAACUGUCCAGUUGGUUCUCCAAUGAAUCCUAAACAACGUUGUCGUGCUGUCUUAUAAAAAUUGAUACCAUUCCCCGGUAUUCUUUUGGUUAUUUUUAAACUGUUUUUUCUUCUUACAACGAGACAUAAAACAAACAUUGGAAACAUUGAACCUCCUUUCUGUUUGUUUGGUUAUUUUAAAACUCUAUCAUCCAUUAAGGCACAAGGUCAUCAAACAAACACGUAACCAUAUACAGACUCGCAUGUCACUGAAUCACUUUUAACAAAUAUCAAAGUCUUCUUUCAUCAAAAUUAAAAUUAUGUAAUGUGUAAUUCAAUAUGCAUAUAUAUACCUCAUUCAAAAAAAUAAAAAAUGAAGUUUAUAGAUGAUUUAAAAUUUGAUUAUUAUUAUUAUUACACAUACUACUUAUAUACUCUUGUUUAUAUAUUACCUCAUUCCCGGCCCCCUCAAACCUCCCGCCUUCUUGUAUUCAUCAAUUUCAUAAUUAUUUUCCAAUAUAAACAAUAUUCUGUCAUGA